AUGUUGAAGAUUUUGCCGGUGGACGAGCUUGAGGGUAAAUUUGGUGAGAUGAAAUGGGCAAUUUGGAGACAAAAUCUUGAGGGUGUCGCGGGCGACGUGGACGAUGAGGAAGAUAAUGCUUGCUUCGAGGAGCAGGUCCUCACGAAAACUCUGAAAAAUACUGCUGAUCGACGAAAUCUCAGGAAAUUCCUCGAAGAGUCACUGGCACUCGCCAGUGUAACACAACACGACAAUAUAGCUCAUGUUGCUGCUAUUGCGUCUUACGGCCGUUUGGAUGAUCCGGAACAGAUUGUCGACUUCCCGCUAAUAUGCUAUCGCCAUCACGGCUUUGGCAAUUUGAAAAAGUUCCUCAUCAGUUGCCGCAGUGAAUCGGAUGGUGCCCCAAACUGUUUGGUAUCCGAAGUGCAUGCCCGGCAUCGCCUUCAUGUGCAACUUUGCGACUCGGCUUUGAGCAAGGAUUUCUUCCCUCACGAUUAUUAUUGUCUCGGUGACAAAGAGAGCAGGCCAUUAAAAUGGAUGGCUUACGAAUCCUUGCUUCACAACUCGUUUAACAGCUCCACAGACGUUGUAAGCAACAAUCACAUUUUACUUCGUUACCUGAGCCCUGACUCUACGAUUUGGUCAUUCGGGGUGACCUUGUGGGAAUUAUUUUCGUGCGGACAACAGCCAUAUAUGGAUGUAGAUCCGGACGAGUUGGCAUCAAAUCUCGAACGAGGCAAACGCUUAGCGCAACCAUACAACUGUCCCGAUGAAAUGUAA